UUGGUCAUUGGUACUUUCUGCGUUGGCGUCCUUCGUUGGCUGUGUCUGCUGUCAGAGUUUAAAAUCAGGACCUUGUCCGGAUUUGGAAGUGGAAGGAAAUUUCAACGUAUCAAUGUACAUAGGCAAGUGGUACGAAAUUGAGCGUUCGUUUGCUAUUUUUGAAAUGGGGUUAAAGUGUGUGACGUCAGAAUACACACUUAACGAAGACGGAACGGUGAAAGUUAUCAACAGAGGUGUGAAAAUGCUCAGGAAGUCCAGCACCGUUAAUAUAAAGUCUAAGUACUGGGUGCUAGACACCGAUUACAAACAGUAUUCGCUGGUGAUAUCUUGCAACGACGUUCCCCGAAAUAUGUUCCAUUUUGAAAUCCUGUGGAUACUUUCUCGAAAACCGACACUAGAUGGCGAUAUUUUGACUCGAAUUAAAAACGAUCUUGAAAGUCGUGGUAUUGACGUAGCCGGACUGAAGAAGACCGAACAGGACUGCUUCAAAUAACUAAAAAGACCACAUUAAAAUACGUUUUGUAUAUAAAAUAUGUGGCUUUAUCAGUACUGCUUUAGAAAAUGUUAUGGUUGGUAAACAAAAAUAUACUUUACAUAUAAUAUAUUAGUGUCUAUACGUGAGAGGAAUACCAGGAUAUCACUCUUGUAAUUUAUUCUCGAACAGCCCAGUUUUCCUGAUGUCUCAAAACGAGUCAUCAUUAGAAUCAAAGUUAGAUA